UCAGGAAGGGUGGAGCUGGAUCGCUGGCACCGCAGGCAAGAUGGCCAAGGUCCCCGACGUCUUUGAAGACCUGAAGAAUUGUUACAGUGAGAAUGAAGAAUAUAGUUCUGAUGCUGACCAACUCUCUCUGAAUCAGAAAUCCUUCUAUGACACAAGCUACGACACACUGCAUGAAGACCAUGGAGGUAAACUUAGGUCUCUGGGUACCUCAGAGGCCUCAAAGAUGUCUCAGCUCACCUUCAAGGAGAGUGUGGUGGUGCUGGCAGCCGACGGGAAGGUCCUGAAGAAGAGGCGACUGAGUUUCGAUCAGUUCAUCACCGAUGAAGACCUGGAAGCCAUUGCCAACGAUACAAAAGAAGAACCCAUCCAGCCCCAUUUGGCACCUGUGAGCUUCCAGAGCAGCAUGAAGUACAGCUUCAUGAAGGUCAUCAAACAGCAGUGCAUCCUGAGUGACACACUCAGUCAGAGUCUCAUUCGAGAUACAUCGGGUCAGUACCUCAUGGCAGCUGCACUAAAUGACCUCAACCAAGCAGUGAAAUUUGACAUGGGUGCUUACAUAACAGAUGAAGAUUCUCCAUUUCCUGUGACUCUAAGAAUCUCAGAAACACGACUCUUUUUGAGUGCCCAAAACGAAGAUGAGCCUGUGCUGCUGAAGGAGAUGCCUGAGACACCCAAAGCCAUCAAAGAUGAGACCAAUCUCCUCUUCCUCUGGGAAAGUCACGGCACAAAGAACUACUUCAAGUCAGUCGCCCAACCAAAGCUGUUCAUUGCCACAAAACAAGAACAGCUGGUGCAUAUGGCGAGGGGGCAGCCCUCCAUCACGGACUUUCAGAUACUGGAAAACAGGCCUUGAUAAUGGAGUCUGCUAAUGUGUGAAGCGUUGACAGUCGUAUGUACCAUGUACAUGAAGGAGUCAAAUCCUUUACUCUUAGUCACCUGCUGAGCCAUGCACUGAGCCUUCAUAAUUCUAAAAGAAUGUUUACUCUUUGUAAGAGAGGGAGUGAGGUAUAGUGAACCAACACUAAUGUAUAAUAGGGCUUGUUAUUUAAGAAACACCCUAUACUUUGCAAAGUACCAAUCAUUUUAAUUACUAUUCUCCCUAACAACAUUGGGAGGGCCAGGGCUACUGGCUAUGGCUAUCAAAGGGACCCUACCUGUGUCACAUAUGAGCCAUAGACCCAGGAUUCCAUUCCAUCUGCUUGCCUUCUGCUUUUAAGUUGCUGAUGGACCCUUAAUCAGAUAUAGUUAAGUUUCUGAGACCACAGUUUGAUCAUCUUGGAGAGAAUGAUACUGAUGUCCUUUCUGCCUCAACAGUAUUUUAUGACACUCGAUGAAAUCAUUUUAGUAAAAUGCUUCUUGAAACUGAGCCUCAAGAAGGC